AUGUCGUUCAACAGCAACAGUGACAUCUGGCUGGCCGGAGCGUUCGCUGCAUUCACUGUCGACCUGCUCGUAUACCCGCUAGAUACCCUCAAGACUCGAAUACAGUCCCCGGACUAUCGGCUCAACUAUAAGAAUGCCAAUGGCUCUACCAAACCUGCACUCUUCCGUGGCCUAUACCAGGGCAUCGGCCCUAUUGUGGCAAUCACCAUCCCGUCUUCGGGCGCGUUCUUUACAACAUACGAAGCUCUGAAAUAUGGCCUGAAUGAGCUCACACCACCUAACUCAACCCUCUUCGUCCCUCAAUCAGCCAUCCACGCUGUUGCCAGCGGCGGUGCCGAGCUUGUCAGCUGUGCGAUUCUGACUCCGGCAGAGGUCAUCAAGCAAAAUGCCCAGAUCCUAGACAGAGAUAGCAUGGGUCGGAAGGUAUCUCCAACGGGCUAUGUUUUCAAGAAGUUUCUGCGCCAGCCAUCCCAGCUGUGGCGAGGAUACACCGCGCUCGCGGCCCGGAACCUGCCAUUCACGGCGCUACAGUUCCCGAUUUUUGAGAAGCUCAAGAUGUAUUUCAUGGAGAGGCGAAAAGCCAGCAAUGGUGGCAAGCCAGUCGAGGGCAUUUUCGAGCGAGCAAUCAUCACUGCCGGAAGUGCAGCUAUAGCUGGGAGUGGGUCUGCAUGGAUUACGACCCCUAUCGAUGUGGUAAAGACACGGAUCAUGUUGGCAGCAGGCCAGGAAUCGACCAAAGCGAAACCUGAGGGUUCGACUCAAAGUUGGCUUACCCACGGGACGACUGGAGACCGCAAGGGUGGUUUUGUCAUUGCACGAGACAUCCUGAAGCAUGAAGGCAUCCGGGGCUUAUUUCGUGGCGCCGCCUUGCGUGGUGGAUGGACAGCCUUGGGUAGCGGACUUUACCUUGGAUCUUACGAGGGUGGUCGAUUCUACCUUGAGGACCAACGCAAGCAGAAGCAUGAGGGCGACCACGUUAUGCAGCGUGACUGGAGCAACGUCAAAGUUGGCAUUGGCGCCAGCCGCUCUCAAGGUGAGAAGGUCAAAAAGAGCGCCUGGCAAGAUGAUUGA